AUGGUUGCCUUGCCACCGAUUGCCGAUCGUGCCCCGAUCACACACCUUUCCAAUCACCCUGACAAUGAGAUUGCUUGUCUGGAAAACAUUAAUAUCAAUUCCGAUAUCACUAUCGAACUCGAAGGUGGAGUUACCGAAUAUGGCAGCGCCGAUUUUGCAAACGGCGACUCCUCUGACGAACAAAAUGAAAAUGUACUAGACGAUUCCGACGCCCAUGCAAUUUCAACUCCUUUGCCCGACAGUCGGCAUACCUCAAUUGAUGUGCUCAAAAUCAUUGAAAGCUAUGGAGUGGACUUUGAGAAAACUGGAGUAUCCUGGAAAGGCUUUGAGUCAUUUGUUCCCAUCGUGUUGGCACAAAUUGAGAAGCAAGAGCCGAUUCGGAUGAUUUUGCCGGCUUUUCCGUUCAAGUCUCCAAAUUCUCAAGACAAAGUGCUCGGAGAUUUGCCAGACUUCGGCGAGGAGCUGGCUCUAUUUCAUCUGAAUGGCCUCUGUCAGAACAUCAGUGCAGUAUAUGCUCCUGGCGCCGAUAUUUACAUCAGCUCGGAUGGACUCGUUUACAACGAUAUAUUGGGCGUCUCCGAUGAAGUUGUUUGGAACUAUGGAGAGGCCUUGCGAAACAUGGCUGUUGAAAAGGAGCUCCAUCAUGUCAAGUUUAUCCGUCUUUUCGAACUUCUUGAGCACCCAUGGUUCCCUUCCUCCACACCAGAGGCGGCUAAAAACUUUUAUUUGGCCCAUGCUGGUUGCCUUCGCCGAGAACUCAUGUUCACCUUCGGAGACUCAACUUUUGAUGCAGCAAAGGCUAUCAAAACCGACAAUGAUACGUGUCUCACAUACAGGGGCUACAUAAAGUUUUUAACUAAAGACUUAGCCCACCAGAAACGUCCAGGUAUGUCGAAGCGUGCCUGGCAGGCAAGGAUUGCCGAGACAGCACGGCAAAUGAUCAUCCGCGGCAAAAUGUUUGCGGCAGCUAUCCAGAAGAACCGCAAGGACUAUGUGCGACUUUCUAUCCACGAGUCUGGAGGAGAGAAGAAGCUAUCAAUGUCGCUCGUUCCCCAGAUCAGAGGGAGGUUGGGCUACACACCCUGGCAUUCUGCCGUUGCUGUUGGGGUGGAUGGCACAUAUUCAACGGUCCAUGCCGAAGAUGUACGCGACACACACGACGUGGUUUAUAAAAACGGGCAACCUUACCACUUCCGUGAAAGGUCGAGUCUUUUUAACUGGACUGAGGAUGGGCUGUCGGUCAAAUUCGAACAUCUUUACCCUUCCGGCCUGGUCAUCCGGCCCGCUGAUAUCGACAAUGUCAACGCACCACCCUCUAUCCGAGCUAUCCCCAUGCAGAAAGUCCGUCAGAUGUCCAAUACAAUGUCACCGAUUGUCCUGCGUGGAUUUGCAGACACUCUUGUUGAAGACCUCUACAUCGACAAAGCCUCCGAACUUGGAGACAUUCUCCCGUGGAGCUUCGGUAUUAUCCAAAAGGUGCGAGACGAUGGCCGGUCUGACAAGAUGGGCAACAACGUCACUUCAAACGAGGCGAUGCCAAUGCAUUUCGAUGGAAUGUUCAAGUUUGAAGACGUCCUAGACCCAAUUACGGGGGAGAUAAAGAAGGUCCAACGCCCACCGGGGUAUCAAUUCUUCACUUGUCCAGCAACUGCACCCAAGGGAAACGGAUACACCUUAUUUGCGAGCUCACGACUAUUCUUCCGGUAUUUGCCUUAUCCGUGGUCUGCAGAUCGCUUGGAAAAUGUCACUUGGGCGAUGGAUAAUAAUGGAUUCUGGGAUGCAAAGCUUAAGAAUCUGCCACUGGUGGUCAAGCAUCCCGUCUCUGGUUUACCUUGUAUGCGCUGGCAUCAGCCAUGGGACACGACAAAGACAAAGUUUUCAACUUGUGAGGUGAAAAUUGAAAAUGACGACAACAUUCUGGUGGAGGUGAUUGAUCGAAUCACCUACGACCACAGAGUUUGUCUUCGCUUCGGAUGGGAAAGGGGUGACUUGCUAGUCAGCGACAACACUGCCAUGUUGCACACACGAACUGGUUAUGUUAGUGACUGCGAGCGGGAGCUUUGGCGAAUCCACUGUGAUUAA